AUGCCUCUAAAAAAACGAAAAACUAUUGAAAAUGAAUCAUCCGAAUCAACAUCUUCUGCUCAACCUGUACAAUCCACUUCCACUGCUGAACCUGAACAACAACUCCGACGAUCAAGAUCCCAAUCCCAACCUGCCCAACCUAGCCAACGAUCCCAACAAUCUCAAUCUCGACCAGCAUCUCCAAUUCUUGAAUCUACAAUUCAAACUAUCCAAAGUCAAACAAUUCUUCCUG